ACUAUACAUCCAUGAACUGCAUCUCCCAUGAGACACCCAGCAUCACUAAUUUUAGUUGGGGGUCCACAUGAUUCAGGGUUUGUUGUGAAACUCUUGCCCCGGACAAGAUUGCUCAUCACUUUCCACAGAUUGAUUCACAGUUUAUCCUUCAAGAGGCGACAGCAAGACAUCAAAUUAACUUCUCAGCAGAAUAAGCGCAGCUUCCCAUUACCAUGGAAAAACAGCCUACAGUGGUGUUUCGUAAUGUGGGGCAAGUUUACUUCCCCCAAUCCAGAGUGGAGUGCCACUACAGUCUGACCUCUGAUCACCGGUGGAGCAGCACAGACUGGAUAGGGAUUUUUGAGGUUGGCUGUACUUCAAGGAAACAGUAUCACACAUAUACUUGGGCUCUUGUCCCUGAAGGUUACACUGAAGGUACCAGCGUAAACUGCUGUGCACUUUUCCACGCAUCCUACCUGCCCCGGCCCAGUGCUGUGGAGUAUCAGUUUAUAUAUGUUGAUAAGAUGGGAAAGGUGUGUGCCCGAAGUCGUCCCUUCACUUUCAGAGCUCCCAAACCACUGGAGGAGCUGGAGACUCUGAAAGAGGAGCAAGAUGAGGAGGACGGAGAGGACGGGGAUCUGCUACUGGUCAUCACCAAGGCUCAGCUGCUGCAGAGUCAGCUCGAUGAAAGCUUAAAGAAACAAGCAGAUAUAAAUCGGUCCCUAGACGUGGCGAAAGAGGAGGCAGAGAAACAGAAAGAGGACAACAGAAAGGCAAGGGUGGCCUGGGAGCUCGAAAGGGAAGCAAUGAAGAAGGAGAUCUCGGAACUCAGAGCCAACAUGAAACACAACUGUGAGAUCCUGAAGAACAUAGAAGGAAAUCACAUGAAUGUAAAAUAUAGUCAGGAGAAUCUGACAUCAGAGCUGAGUAAACUAAUGACUGAAAAAGAUGAGAGUGAGCAGCGGAUCAAAGAGCUGGAGGAGGACAUCAAGAUCCUGAGUGACAGGGAGAAAGAGGAGAAGAGUGAACUGGAAAGAAUGAAGGAGAGGGUGAAGAAAAUGUCGAGUCAAAUGAAACAUGAUGAGGAAAAGAGAAAGUGUCUGCAGUUGGAGUAUGAGGCGGCUCUGGUGGAGGUACGAGCCCUGCAGGAUCGUCUGGAGGCUAGUGAGCAUGUAGCUGAGGGCCUUCGCAGGGAGCUUAGGGAGCUGGGCAUCCGCCAGGGCCACACCAACACCGAGCUGCACCAAGCACGGCUGCAGGUAGCCCAGCUCACCCUGCAGCUGUCCGAGGAGAACCUGGUGCUCAGGGAGGAGCGUGCCAACUGGACUCUAGAGAGAGAGGCGUACAAACAUGCAGCAGAGACAGAUGCAAACAAAUUACAAGACCUGAGCUGUGAGGUUCAGAGGAAGGAGGAGUGGCUGCAGGAGGAGAGGAUGGAGAGGGAGAAACUAGAAGUGGAGCUUGGACGAGAGAGGGAUUGCACUAGAGUGCUGCAGAGCGAUUCCAAGAGAGAGCUGCAGGAGCUCAAGGCCAGUCUGAGGAUGGCCCAGAAAGAGAGGGAGGAGCAGCAGGCCGAAAAACAGGGCCUGCUGAUCUACAUCCGUCAGUUGGAGCAGAGGUUGGAAGUUGUGCCAGGAACUGAAUCCAAAGACGAUAUUUCCACAUCCAUCUCUCCUGGCUCUUCCUCUGAGGAUGAAGAAAAUGGGUCCUCAGCUUCCUCCCGAUCAAUCCUCUCGCCUCUGUUCCUGUCCACUCCCCUGGAGCCGCCUCACAGAGCCGAGACCCUCGCUGCUGAGACUCCAGUCUCUGACACACAGCACCUUCUGCCUCUUUCUUUCUGCAGUGAUCUGGUUGAAUCCCCCAUGUGGUAACAAAAAGAUGGACGGCAACUGACUUGUAUACCGCUGUGAUGCAAGUUCAUGCCGGUUAUCCAACAUUGUUUUGUGAUUGUUCUACUGAUGCUUUGCAGCUGUUUAUGUAGAAAAUGACACCUUACAGUCUUAAAGGUCACCUAUUAUGCAGACCGCUUUGUCAUGUCUACGCACCCACUUUAUCGCCUGAAUCUCCUCCCAGAUCACCAUUGUGUUUCUUUGAACCAAUCACUUCUCAUAGGGGCGUGGCCAGCAGCAGCUCAUUUGCAUUUCAAGUCAUAGAUACAGAAUCAGCACUUUAGAAACAGGGGGGUUUAAGGCAUGCUACAAUGUAUGAUCUGUUUUGUUUUUCAAGACACUCUUCAGAGACAUGUUUUGUACACUGCCCGACCCAAAAAAAGGUCACAAGCCUGUGGGGGUGAUCUGGGGUUGCUGCAGUUGGUCUGGUCUAGGUUCAGCAACGUUAUGUGCCCAAGGGAUGAGGUCAGCAGACUACCUGAAUAUACUGAAGGACCAGGUUAUUCCAUCAAUGGAUUCUUUCUUCCCUGAUGGCACGGGCAUGUUCCAAGAUGACAAUGCCAGGAUCCAUCGGGCUCAAAUUGUGAAAGAGUGGUUCAGGGAGCAUGAGACAUCAUUUUCACACAUGGAUUGGCCACCACAGAGUCCAGACCUGAACCCAAUUGAGAAUCUUUGGGAUGUGCUGGAGAAGACUUUGCGCAGUGGUCCGAAUCUCCCGUCCCGCAAAAUUAAUGCAAGACAGAAGUAAAUGUUGUGACAUUGCAGAAGCUUGUGGAAACGAUGCCACAGCGAAUGCAUGCCGUAAUCAAAGCUAAAGGCCGUCCAACGAAUAUUAGAGUGUGUGACCUUUUUUUGGCUGGGCAGUGUAUCUGAGACCUAUAACAUAUUGUAUACUGGGGUACCUUUAAGGGUGUAGAAUGUUGUUAAAUAGAAUGGCUUAUGGUUUUAUUUCUACGUUAUAACAAACUGUCAGUCUUUACAUUUUCAAAUUAAUUGUUUCCAAAUAAUAUUUAAGUUCUCAGUCUCCUCUCGUUAUCCAUAGGUUUUCUAGCUUUGUUUUUUAGCUUGUUCAAAUAUGUCUGUGCAUGCUGCAACUGUUUUGAGAAAAAUAAUAUUUGAUACCAUGGAUUUAUAACGUCUGCGUGUGAAUCGUGAAACUGUGUCAACAGUGUGGCUGGGUGUGUGGUUGUUACAGACAAGUGAGAAAUGUCCUGUUGAAGCUUGUUCAACUCAGCGUCAGUUUGGAAGAAUAUUAGUAAAGUAAAUGUAUGAUAAUUCUGAUUAUUGAUCUGAGCUUCUGUGAGUGGGAUGGUGCUCUUUAAUAAAAUGUGAUGAUAAAUACA